AUGAACAAAGCUGGUCUUAGGUCUCCUGAUGAAGUGUCCCUUGGAGAUACUAAUCAUCAAGAGAUGGUUCCAACUAAGAAGAGCGCUGUUCUCGUGGACGGGGUCAUACUGAAUGGUCCCACCACAGAUGCAAAGGCAGGAGAAAAGUUUGUUGAAGAGGCCUGUAGGCUAAUAAUGGAAGAGGUGGUUUUAAAGGCAACAGAUGUCAAUGAGAAGGUUUGUGAAUGGCAGCCUCCUGAACAACUGAAACAGCUUCUUGAUUUGGAGAUGAGAGACACAGGAGAGCCACACCACAGGCUGUUGGAACUCUGCCGGGAUGUCAUUCACUACAGUGUCAAAACUAACCAUCCAAGAUUUUUCAACCAGUUGUAUGCUGGACUCGAUUAUUACUCCUUGGUGGCUCGAUUUAUGACAGAAGCAUUAAAUCCAAGUGUUUAUACAUAUGAGGUGUCCCCAGUGUUUCUGUUAGUGGAAGAAGCGGUUCUGAAGAAAAUGAUUGAAUUUAUUGGCUGGAAAGAAGGGGAUGGAAUAUUUAACCCAGGUGGCUCAGUGUCCAAUAUGUAUGCCAUGAAUUUAGCUCGAUACAAAUAUUGUCCUGAUAUCAAGGAAAGGGGGCUGUCUGGGAUGCCAAGAUUAAUCCUUUUCACAUCUGCAGAGUGUCAUUACUCCAUGAAGAAGGCAGCCUCCUUUCUUGGGAUUGGUACAGAGAAUGUCUGCUUUGUGGAAACAGAUGGAAGAGGUAAAAUGAUACCUGAGGAACUGGAGAAGCAAAUCUGGCAAGCCAGAAGACAGGGAGCAGCACCAUUUCUUGUCUGUGCCACCUCGGGUACAACGGUGUUGGGCGCAUUUGAUCCGCUGGAUGAAAUAGCUGAUGUCUGCGAGAGGCAUGGCCUCUGGCUUCACGUGGAUGCUUCCUGGGGUGGCUCGGCUUUGAUGUCCAGGAAGCACCGCCGGCUCCUGCAGGGCAUCCGCAGAGCUGAUUCUGUGGCCUGGAACCCCCACAAGAUGCUGAUGGCGGGAAUUCAGUGCUGUGCUCUCCUUGUCAAGGACAAAUCUGGUCUUCUUAAGAAAUGCUACUCUGCCAAGGCAUCUUACCUCUUCCAGCAGGAUAAAUUCUAUGAUGUCAGCUACGACACAGGAGACAAGUCUAUCCAAUGUAGCAGGAGAGCAGAUGCAUUCAAGUUCUGGAUGACUUGGAAGGCCCUGGGCACAUUAGGCCUUGAAGAAAGAGUUAAUCGUGCUCUUGCUUUAUCUAGGUACCUGGUAGAAGAACUCAAGAAAAGAGAAGGAUUCAAGUUGCUGAUGGAACCUGAAUAUGCCAAUAUUUGCUUUUGGUACAUUCCACCGAGCCUCAGAGAGAUGAAAGAAGGACCUGAGUUCUGGGAAAAACUUAAUUUGGUGGCCCCAGCUAUUAAGGAGAGGAUGAUGAAGAAGGGCAGCCUGAUGCUGGGCUAUCAGCCCCACCGGGGGAAGGUCAACUUCUUCCGCCAGGUGGUGAUCAGCCCUCAAGUGAGCCGGGAGGACAUGGACUUCCUCCUGGACGAGAUAGACCUGCUGGGCAGAGACAUGUAGCUGUGGCUUUUGGUCCCCCAGAGGCACGGGUCUGUCCUGGGGAGGGUUACAGAUCCAGGAUGUCUGGGGACAGGCACAUAGGCGAUUACAGCCCUUCUCAUGAGAAAUAGGAAACAGCCCAUCCAAGCCCAGCAAAGCCAAAAUGCUAAGCGAAUAGUGUUUAGGACUCUAGCUGCCUGGGCACUACUGUUGCUGUAAAAGAGGAAGUGAAAAGUGAAUUUUCUCAAGGAUUAUUGCUGGGACCGAGAAUUGUAGAGAGUUUAGCAAAUACCAUGUGGUGCCUGGAAUCGAAGCUUUUGUUGCUCUUUGAAGAAUGUCUAAGUUAAUAGUUUAAAGCUGAGGUUCUCAAAGUGCAGUCCCUAGACUAGCAGUAUGAGCAUCACCUGAGAACUUGUUUAAAAUGCAAAUCCUUAGCCCUGCCUCCUACCUGCUGAAUCAGAAACUCUGGCGCCCAGUGGCGCCCAGUCUUCUUUCUGGGUUGUAAGGAGUCUUUCCGGGUGAUUCUCAGACAAGGUAAGACCUGAGAACCAGUGUUUUACUGAAACCUCGUAAUGACUGAAUAAUUGCUCUGAUGUUUUGCUAGCAAAGGAAUAUCGAAUAUUUCAGUGGUCCCUGGGCCAGGCUUUGAGAAUAUAGCCGUGGCAUUGGUAGCACAAAUGUUUAGGUGUGUCAGAAGUAUACGAGAGCUAUUUUUAAAAGAGAAGCUACUUAAGAUGUUUACUUUAUAAAGAUAUAUCUUUUAUGCGGGCUGAAUGUUUAUUCUCAAAAGUUGAAAUUAGCCAUUAUCCUAAAUUAUUUAGAGAGAAAAACAAACACUGUGUUGCAUGGCCCUUUAAAUCAAAGCAAUAAUCCUAAUUCACUUCUGAAAAUCAUUGUAUCAUUAGUUUGUCAUAGACGCUAGAUAUAUGUGUCUCUAACUAUGUACCUCUUUUGGCUUGAGGGGCCCAUUUCUUAGCUGGCUCUCUGCUUGUAGGAAAUAACCAGAAUGGAGUCCACAGUGAUACAUUCCCUUUCUCAGGCUUUGAAAUGUUAGUGUCGAUAUUUGAAUGGUUCAUAUUGGGCAGAGAUUCUGGGAAUUAGAAACCUUUCAGUGCAAAUACCUCCUCCAUUUUCCCUGGGAGUAGGUGAUGGUAGUUCUGUCUCUUGUCCUGCCCCUAGAUAUCUAGGAGAAUCUUAUUUAACUGAGAAAUAAGCAAAAUGCAGAGUUCAACUAGGUAAAAUUACGAAUCUAACUAGAGCGCCAAUUUGGAAAGCAAAUGAUUGGAAAGUUAGACUUAACACAUGAAUUAACCCUUGGUACUCCAUCAUUAACUUGUGUCGUUUAAAUUUUGAAGAGUAAAAAUCAGAUCUGUGUGUUCUCUGCUUUUAUUCCAUUUGUGGGUGUGUGGUUUCUUUGUAUCUCCACUGGGCAAAGUUCCCUUUCUGGUGAUAGGGAUUUGUGUUGUGCGCAUUCCAUUUCUCAUUGCCUUUUGUUUUACUAUCCUUAUAAAAUGUUCCUGAAAUGGAUGUUUGCAGUAAUGUGGGUCUCGUGAAAUAAAAAGC